AUGUCAAAUUAUGUAGUGAGAAUCAAAGGUGGGUUGUUCAAAUCAUCUCUCCAGCGUUCAGCAGCACCAAUAUUUUCGAAGGCCAUUAAUUUCUUCGAAAUCUUAUCUCAUGAGAAAUGGGUGUUUUGGGGUCCCGGAAAAUCGAAGUUCAUGGAUGUUAUAGGCAACAAAUAUCUAUGCGAACCUCCACUUUCUUUGAGCUAUGGACAAACCAAAGGUUGUCUACCUAAAGUUGAGGUAGUGAAGUUUCAAGGUGUCAUGCCGACUGCGCAUCUCAGUGCGAGGUAUGAGUUUUUCAAAGACGAGUUCGAUCAAACUUGCGAGAAGUUUAUUAAAGAUAAUUCGGUGGGCUCCAAUGAAGUUGAAUAUGACGUGAAAAAGAGUGAUAGGGUAAUUGACAUGGAUCUUUAUCGCUUUCUGCUAAAAGAAUUGAAACUUGAGGAUCUCGAAAAGAGAUGGGCGAUGGGUCUUAGCAACGGUCAAAUGAGAAGAGCUCGACUGGCCCGAAGCCUAUUAAAGGAACCCGAUAUUUUAUUGGUAGACGACCUAUUUCUUGGACUGGAUCCGAGCGCUGCCAAAAUCAUAUCAGAAUUCAUGAGAGACUAUUCCAGAAGCUCAAUAGUCAUUGGCCUCCGUUUACAGGAUCACAUUCCCGAAUGGUGCACACAUAUUUGCUGCGUGAAUGAAGACGGAAUUCUUUUUCAAGGUAAACGUGAUUCUGUUGAGCAUCAUUUAAAAGAAGUUGGAAAUCAAUACUAUUCUAAACAACAAGGGAUAUCCGCUUCGCAAAGUACUAUUGACGAUCUCAUUUCAACUCACGCACUGUACAAUAUACCACGUACGAGGAUAUCUCAAAUGCCUCACUCUUUCGAACUACGCGGUCUUAAUGUUUCUUACAGAGGUGAAGACGUAAUCAAAGAUCUAUAUUGGAAAAUUCCACCGGGAAGUAAGUGGCACAUAAGAGGCGACAAUGGGACAGGAAAAUCAACACUCUUAUCAUUAUUAACAGCAGAUCAUCCUCAAUCGUGGAACUCCAGAUUAGUAGAGAAUGGUGUUCCGCGUCGAACAGGUUCCACCAAUUACUUUGAAAUCAACAGGAAAAUAGGAAUGUCAUCACCAGAACUUCACGCCACUAUAUUAAACAGGUCGGGCAAACGAUUGAAUUUGGUUGAAACUAUUGCAACGGGGUUUCAUGAAGGAACCAACAACUUUACGCCCUGUUUUGAUAAACUCAGCUAUUUUCAGAAGGAACUCAUCAUGAAAUAUGUGAAAUUUUUCGGCUUAUCCCACAUUAGCGGCAUAACGAAGCUCGAAGAUUUAUCCGUGAGUGACCAAAAACUAGUGCUAUUUAUAAGAAGUAUUAUCAAGAUGCCAGAAAUACUGAUUUUGGAUGAAGCAUUUUCGGCAAUGGAAACGGAACCGAUGAGAAAAUGCCACGCAUUACUAGAGAAGUGGCCAGGCACCGUUCUUGUUGUUUCACACAUUGAUGAGGAAACUCCAAGGUGUGAUAAUUUCAUAAAAUUAAUAAGUCCUGGUGACUAUAAGGUCGGAAAUGUUUAA